AUGGAUUCUGAUGCAGAUUCAUCUAAUACCCAGGCCACUCAAAUUUUCAAUAUCCGCAAGUGCGCCUCUCAUAUAGAUCUGUAUCAUCAGAUUUUGACUGGACUUCGGGCUGAUAUUAAACAAUUGCCAUCUCUUCUACUGUGGAAUGACCGAGGGUUGGAACUAUUUAGCAGAAUAUUGAAUAGCGACGAAUACUAUCCUCGCUCGCGGGAGAGACAAUUGCUGCAGACCCAUAUUCACGAUAUCACGCGCUCAAUUUCAUCUGGCGAACGAUUAAUAGAGCUUGGUGCGGGUAAUUUGCACAAGACUGCCUCGGUACUGCGCAGCUUUGAACAGACUAGAAAGCAUGUUGACUAUUUUGCGCUCGAUGUAAGCCAUGCUGCAUUACAAAGCAGCAUUACUGAGCUUAAGGCGCAGCUCCCAUUUGCUUCAUAUGUCACUAUUAGCGGACUCAUAGGCUCAUAUGAUGACUGUAUAUCAUGGCUCAAGCAGAGUGGCGCGACUGUGAAAACUACAUUCCUGUGGCUGGGCAACAGCAUUGCAAAUUUCGAGCCGGAGGAAGCAUCUAGAUUACUAGCAGACUUUCUCCAUGUGGAGACUGCCCCGUCACACUCCCCCAAGAUGAUCAUCGCUGUGGACGGUUGCCAAAGCGUGGACCAGAUUCUCAACGCUUAUGACAUGCCAAACAAACUAUCUCGCGAGUUUGUGUUCAAUGGACUGUCGCAUGCUAAUGAGAUCCUGGGAUCCGAAGUGUUAAAUCCGCAACACUGGACAUUUGUGGGGAAGUGGAAUCCAUUAAAAUCCAUGCAUGAAAGCUUCUACGUUGCCAAACGGGAAAUGACAUUGGACAUUGGCGAUAAUCGAUUUCAUGUCGGUGCUGGGGAGAAAGUCCGGGCAAUUACCAGUGGGAAAUGGCCCAAGGCAAAGGUCGCUAGCAUUUGCCAAGCGGCAGGCAUCAAGGUCCUUAAGGACUGGUCUGAUGAGGAGGGCUCAUAUGGGCUCUAUCUUCUUCGUCAAGAUAACUUUCCAACGCUGUUAUAG